AUGCGCAACUACGUGCGAAAGUCGGAGAGAUCAGUUUGUACCCCCGAGUUGCUCGAACAAGCCCGGCAGAGGAUAGCGAAUGGGGAAUCGAAACUUGCCAUUGCCAAAAGCAUCGGAAUCACCGAAGCUGCAUUGCGAAAACGACUGGAAAAGGGAUACGGCGUGGAGAAACUCGGUCGUUUCAAGCCAACCUUCACUACGGAACAAGAAAAUGAACUAGCAAGCCACUGCAAAACCCUCGACGAAUGCUUCUAUGAAUUAUCGUUUAUGGAUUUCCGCAGAUCAGUAUAUAAGUAUGCCGACAUCAACAACAUCCCCAGCGGAUUCAAUCAAGAGUCGCGGACAGCUGGGAAGGAGUGGGCGCUUUCGUUCAUGCGCAGGCACAACUUAUCUCUCAGAACACCUCAGCAAACCAGCCUUGGCCGGAUGAUGGGUUUCAACCGAGUGCAGGUUGGCAUUUUCUUCAACAAUUUGCGCGAAAUCACCACAAAGUACCGGUUCACCGCGGAUCGCAUAUACAACAUGGAUGAGACUGGAAUGUCGACGGUGCCCAACAAUGUCCCCAAGGUUGUGUCUGCUACUGGCAAAAAAGCUGUAGGCAAAAUUAGCUCCGGUGAGAGAGGAGAGUUGGUUACAGCUGUUUGUGCCAUAAGCGCACAAGGGAGUUACGUGCCUCCAGCGUUGAUUUUUAAAAGAAAGCGCCAAAAACCAGAACUUAUGGAUGGAGCACCUUGUGGAUCGAAAAUGUUUAUUUCGGAUACAGGAUAUAUAAACUCCGACUUGUUCUACGAAUGGGUAGAACACUUCCAGGUUAGCACAAAGGCCACAAAAGAGAAUCCCGGUCUGCUGAUUUUGGACAACCACAGUUCGCAUCAGUCGCUGAAAACAGUUCUUUACUGCCGAGAGAACGGAAUAGUGUUGCUUUCGAUUCCUCCUCAUAGCAGCCACAAACCGAUGUUUCUUCCAGGCGCUCAAGACCAACUAUGCUGA